GGUUAUACUAUUAGCGUGUUUUUUUUAAAUAUAUUUUUGUUGUAGUUAAUGGUAGUGGUUAACAUACGGGAAAUAUACAAACAAUAAAUGUUAUGUCGGCAGAUAAACGGGGAAAAACAAUUCUUAUCCAUUAUCCUGCAACCACUAAACCGCAACCACAAAACCGCAACCACAAAACCACAACUACCACAACACAUCCCCCAUACUACACCCAUUACAUUACAUUGCCUCUUCAUCUAAUUAAGACCCUAUAUAGACAAAUCAGAUGUCAAUUUCGCGAUUAAUGUCUUGUUAGAUUAUGCAUUUACAUUUGUAAAUUAUAAAACACUUUUUUUCUGUUUGUUUUCGGUUUUGUUAAAAUUUUCUUUCCAGAGCUAUUAUUCUUAUCUCUGUCGUUCUUGCGGUGCAUAUCGCCUUGUGUAGCUAUGUUUGGACACUACCACAGAAUGUAAUUCAACGAAGUUCUGAAAUGCCAAGGGAGAUUAACCUGACAAAGUUUAGGAAGAAACCAAUCUUUGCUAGUCUGCCUUACUCCGGAUUCUUCAAUACAAUAGAGAAGUUUUAUGAGGACGGCCAGUCUGUUAGUACGACAACCAGUGGGGCAGACACCUUAGCGUUUGUCACAGAGAACUUUACAGAGAAUGUCAAGUUUCUCGACUUCUACGAGGACUAUAUUGGCAUCAAGCACACUGGACAUUACCUGGUGUGUAGCAGUGUCAGGGUCAUCCCGAAUACUGACAGUUGCAGUAUUCCACAGAUUUGGUAUCAGAACCUGAACGUCAUCAACGAGGAGAAGGUCCUCAUGUCCACAGGGCAGUCCUGUUGUCAGUUCUGUUCCUGGCAGGAGGAUACCUUGUUUACCUGUGGUGUGUACAACUUGAACUCAGCUGAAUUCCUGAACGUUGAUUCAUCUGUAAAACUUCAAGACUUCAUACAUUUUCAACCCGACUCAAGUCGUUUUUUUCAUGAUCAAACUCAUUUAAUUUUUAAUUUUCGCCUUUUUUCAUGCAAUUUCUAAUACAGAAAUAGUAAUUUUUAUUUUAUUUAUCAGUUAUACGUGCUUAUAAAAAAAUACGAUUAUCAACAGCUUUGUAUAAUUAUUGUGCUGUUUCUGUUCAAUACUAAAUCUUAAUAUCUAAGGGAAAUAAUCAAUCAAGGGAAAUAAAGCAGUAGAUCCACGUCCAUUAAAACU